AUGCUGAUCGGUGGUGCUGUAAGCUACGUCGCUGGAAAGCAGGCGGUUCGCACUGUCUACUGGAGAACUGGGGGCAAUGGACGUCUUCUUAAGACAGCCAAGACCUGCAUGUUCCAAGGGCCGCCAAAACCAGCGCCAUCCUCGACCUCUGCAUUGGUUCUUCCAUCCUUUUCUGCUCAGUCAGCAGUACCUAGAGUGAUUUUCUCAACUAAGAACUAAACUGUCAUUUUCAUACUGAGACUCAUUUGAAGAUGUAUAAAAUGUUGAGCCUUGUACAUAAUUAUUAGAGAAUAAGUUCUCCAAAUUGUGUGAAAUGACAUGACAUUGGAAUAAACCGGAUAUUUAUUUUCA